AUGGGAUUUGAUGACAGGACAGAUGACAGAGCCUUUGUCUUCCCUCCAGCUAACAGCACGGUGCUAUGGUUCACCUGUCGCACCACUAUAAUAAAGCCUGUCACCAACUGCUUGGUGAGGAACCUGGCAUGUUCUCUUGUGUGCGUGUGCCUGGUGUGCCUGCCCUCGGACAUGGCCCUGAGCGCUGGCUCGCUGUGCUGCUGGAGCCUUCUCCCCCUGCUCCUCUGCAAGGUCAUCAAGUUCCUCCACAAGCUCUUCUGCUCUGUCACCAUCCUCACCUUCACCGCCCUCGCAGUGGAUAGGUACUACUCUGUUCUAUACCCAUUGGAGAGGAAGAUAUCAGACACCAAGUCCCGAGGCCUGGUAAUCUACAUCUGGCUGCACGGCGUGGUGGCCAGUUUGCCCGUGUUCGCCUUGAGCAACGUGGUAGAUGUCUACUCCGUGUCCGUGUGCAUGGACACCCAGAGCUCCCCCUCAGGGAAUCUGGUCUACACCAUCAUCUACAACCUCACCACUGUGGUUCUUCCCCUGGCCGCCAUCUUCUUCUUCCUCGCGCUGAUCAGGCACGCGCUGAGCACCAGCCAGAAGAAGAAAGCGGUAGUCGCAGCCCUGCGGACGCCCCGGAACGGCACGUCCAUCCCCUAUGUGUCACGGCGUGAGGCCGAGCUCCUCGCCACCCUGCUCUGCACGGUUCUGGCCUUCAUGGCCUGUGGCUUGCCGUACGCCGCCCUGCUGGUGUACCGCUGCGCCCCGGGCGGCCCUCGUGACCCGCCCAUCUCCCUGCUGCUCACCGCCGUCUGGCUGCCCAAGGUCUCACUGCUUUCCAGCCCUGUGCUGUUCCUCACCCUCAACCGCCCCGUGCGCAGGAGCCUGCUGGGCGCCCUGGUGUGGACGUACCGCCACUGCAGCCGGCGUAAUGAGGUGGGGGACGGGGACGCGGCCGGGGACGGGGACGCGGCCGGGGCUGGGGCCGGGGCCCGGUCCGGCAGUCAGCUCUUGGAGAUGUUCCACGUUGGGCAGCAGCAGAUCUUCAGGCACAGUGAGGAGGACCAGGAGGACCACGCCACACCAGCCGGGUCCAGGGGGAGUGGGGAAGAACCGCAGCAGGUGUCGGGGGUGGCCCUCGUGCCCAUGGUACCUCCGCUGUAUGGCUGUGCCAACUCUGCCGCCCAGGUGGCCCCGGUUUCGGGCCCGGAGGCAGGGGGGGACAGGUAUGGCGGGCAGGCGGGCUACGGGCCGUUCGAGCUGCCCCCACAGUGGCUCUCAGAGACCAGGAGUAGCAAAAAGAGGCUGCUCCCCCCGCUGGGGACCACCCCCGAGGAGCUGAUCCAGACCAAGCAGACUAUGGGGAAGCCAGAGCGCAGGAUCAGCAGAAACAACAAGGUUAGCACCUUCCCCCCAGAAGUGUCCUGAAGUAGCAACCUCCUCCCGACAAUAUCCACACCCAGCGCCCACUCCCAGCACCCAGACUUGAUGAACAUGACCACUUACCGUAUCAACUGGUCAGGCCAACAGCAGUGGACCGCGUCAACUCCAGCGGACCUUGCACUGGCACGAGAGAAACUUAAUGAUUAGCCAACAUACCUGCCUUCAUGUGACCUUUGUGAAGCAACAGAGUUGAACUUCAACAGACUUUGGGACAGAAACAUUUUAGCCAGCUUUGCUUUGCAACUCAAAAUCAUCAUUGGUUUCCAAACCAUGCUACCAAGUGUCAACUUGAAACUUUUAGUUUUUAGUCAUAUCAAAUGAAAUGAUCAAUCUCUCUUUCCUCCACAGGCUACAUGUUCUGAACAGCCACUCCAUGAAUUCAGACUAUUAACUAUGACAGUAUGGUAUCCUUUAUCAUCCUUUCCACUCAUCUAUUCAUUUAUUUCAUUCUUUUUCCUUGUUAACAUGUUACUAAGUGCCAAUCGACUUGUACUGUAUAACCUUUGCUCAUCAACAAC